AAAAUUUCUAAAACCCUAAAUCCAUCUACCACCUGAACUUUGAGCUUCUGCAUUCCAGAAAUGGCGGCACGCCUAAUCAGACAGUUAAGAAGGGGAACCCUGCUAUCUUCCUCUGCGAAAACCUCAAUUCCCCAACUUCGACCGCAAAACCAAUUUCAAAGACUCAAUAUUUUCCCUCUCCAUCAAACCCAGAGAAGAUUUUACAUUUCCGAAAUGCGCAAAUCGGCAUUCGACGAAAACAUUCUCAGGAUGCUCCGUAGAGAAAUCCAGUAUGAGUUCGAUCAGUCCCCUCCAAAGCAACCUGUCACCACGUUCAAUUCUUUCACAAUUGAUGACCUGCCUGGGGAGCAGUGGAUGAAGUUGAAAAAGAAAUUUGGAGAGAAUGAAGAGAUUAAGGUUGAAGCUACCAUGUUUGAUGCUGUCAUUCCCAUUCAGAAAUCUGUUGGUGAUGGCGGCAAAAGGGUACCAGAGGAUGUGAAACUUCAUAUCACAUUGGUUGUCAACAUUUCCAAGGAAGGUGUCGGUGAAGUCUUGGAGAUCAUGUGCUCGGCUUGGCCCAACAGCAUUGAAAUCACAAAACUUUUUAUUCGCAGGAAUGGCAAGAUGUCAGCUCAGCUAUACGAUGGUCCUGAAUUUAGGGAGUUGGAUGACGAGCUGCAAGAGUCACUCUAUGAAUUCUUGGAGGCCAGGGGUAUAAAUGAGGAACUUGCGACCUUCUUACAUGAAUACAUGAAGAACAAAGGUAAAAUUGAAUACAUUCGAUGGAUGGGAACUGUCAAAUCUUACAUUGAGAAUAAAUAGAUAGUGUGUUGAAAUUGAUGUAGGACAAGAUUUGCAUUAUUAUCAGUAGUUUUUGGUAAUUUCAUGUCUAAUAGGGUUUUACAGUUUUAGUUUUAGUAUUUAUAGGAUUGUAGCCGUCUCUGGCAAAAAAGAUGGAAGAUGAAUCAAUAUAAAUUUUGAGGUUUCUGUCAAUUUUCUUGAUGGAUUCCAAAUUAUGUUGGCUUA